CCCUCGGUCACUGCCUCGGUGCCGUGUCAUUCAAGGUCAAUUACUCCGUACACCAAUCUCACUGCUACCAUCAGUGUUUACGGCCGUUGCUGGAUCUGUCUGGAAUAUUAUAAUACGACGCAGCCUGCAUCAGUCCAGCCCACAUCCGCCUGCACUCUUCCUGCGCUCUAUCAUCACUCCACUACUGACUGCGUCCGACGGCCCUUGUUGACCCUCGACUUCCCCAUCUCUCACGCGCCCUCCGCACUCAUGCCUCGACAGAAACAUGAAUACCUCUCGUCCGUCUGGCGGGAUGGCAUCUUCACCGACAGAGUCGUCUUCUGCACCGGUGGAAAUGGGAGCAUCUGCUCCGCGCAGGUCCGGGCGCUCGUCCACCUAGGUGCCAACGCAUGCAUCGUUGGCCGCAACGUCGAAAAGACCGAACGCAUGGCCAAGGACAUCGCGACCGCCCGUCCUGGAAGUAAAGUCCUCGGCAUUGGAGCCGUCGACGUACGCAAUGUCGAGAGUCUGCAGAAGUCAGUAGACACCUGCGUCAAAGAGCUCGGAGGCAUUGACUUCCUCAUUGCCGGUGCAGCGGGCAACUUCCUCGCGCCUCUCUCCCAAUUGUCGCCCAAUGCCUUCAAAUCGGUCAUGGACAUCGACAUCCUAGGCUCCUACAACGUAACGAAACUCGCUCUCCCACACCUCGUCGCCUCUGCAAAGAAACACAACUCCUCAUCGUCGCUGCCGCAUUCCUCCUCGAGCGGCGGCGGCCCAGGAGGUCGUAUAAUCUACGUCUCCGCCACGAUCCACUACACCGGCCUGCCCAUGCAAACACACGUCGCAGUCGCCAAAGCCGGCAUCGACGCGCUGUCCGCAAAUGUUGCCAUCGAAUACGGACCCCUCGGAAUCACAAGCAAUAUCAUCGCCCCAGGACCCAUAGCUGGCACCGAGGGUAUGGACAGGCUGUCCAAGGAGCACAAAUCCGGCGGUGCCAAUAUAGCCAAGCGCAUCCCGCUCGGUCGAUGGGGGUUUAUCAAGGAGAUCGCCGACGCAACGGUGUUUCUGUUCAGUGAUGCAGGGAACUACAUCACGGGUGAUAAUCUAGUCGUGGACGGCGGUGCGUGGCGGACGAGUGGUGGCUCACCUGGCGGUGACUUCGCGUACCCGGAUUUCAUUCUUUCUGGGGCAGAAGUCACUGGUGUCGGCGGGGGCAAGAGGAAGUCUGGGGCGAAGCUGUAAAUGGUCAAGCGAGUGGAUGUCAGCUGAUAUGUUGAGAGUGUUCACAUGCAAGCGAAUCUCAAGCGGCUGGCGUUUCUUCAAGGAGUCGAAGGGUUUUCCUAUGGGCAAAAGAACGGAGUUUUGGAGUAUGUGCAAUUCUCCUUAGACCAGAAACUUAUGAAUCGUACUGGCUGACUUAUACCUA